AUGACGACUGACAAUAAGGCCGACGACAUCCCUCUGGAUGACGUUGGCGACAAUCAGAACAAUCCCGAGGCCGAGAAAAGCAAGCGCAGCGGCUCCGACAGUUCUACGGCUAUCUCAGCCUCGAAGGCCGCGGAGGCGGAGCUUACUGCAGAGCCAGCCAGAUCAUCAGACCGGCCAAGCGCCUUCCGCUCUGUGCUACAACGCAUCGAUUCCGUGCUGCCCCCGUGGCUCGCGCCGCACUUGCAGAGCUCACAAGAUUGGAAGAUUCUCUUUCGCUGUGGAGUCUCUUUAUGGCUCUCUAUGCUCUUCACCCUCGUCUCGGACACUGAGCACGCAGCCGGACGAGCCGCCUUCCUGUUCAUGAUUGUAGCCGUCAUCGUGCCGCCUUCUGACCCCGUCUCGCUUACGUUUCGGAAGACCUUCAUCUACGGCUUCAUGGUCGCCGCGGCCUGGGCAUACUGCGUCGUUGGCGUGCGCAUCGCAUGGAUUGCUCGCAAGGACUUCAAGUAUACGCAAGCCGAGUUCACGCAGAUGCAGGCGGCUCGCUUUGCUCGACAAGGUCUUCCCGCGGCCGAGAUACCCGGUGCGAUUGGUAUCGCUGUCAUAAAUGGCGAAUUCAUCGAAACGAAUUCCUCAAUCGUCAUUGCUGUCUGGCUCAGCGUCGGUAUGGCCACGCUCAUGUGGAUCAAGGGACGUAUAGGGCCCUCGCCGUUGCUGUUUGGCGUCAUUCUGUCGAUGAUCCUCAUCAGCAUCGUCUGCACCCUCGCGCAUCUGUAUCCAUAUCCUGAUUAUUUGCUCGGUCAGACUUUCUACAUACCUUUCAUCUGGCAGAGUGCAGUCACAUUGGCUUGCUCUGCAUUCAUCUUUCCUGAGCAACUUGGCGCGCAUACACUGCGGCGGAUUGGCGCGGCCCUUAUACCGAUUCGAGCGAUCGCUGCAGACCAGUCAGCGAUGCUGGCCACAUCGCCACUCAGCGCAGAGUGGGACAUUUACAAGCGCAACGAAGGUCGCAUGGCACAAUCGGGUCAAGCUCUCAUGAUGUUAAAUGCGGUAGAGUCCUACGUCCGGCGGGACAUUGCGUGGAUGCGAAUGAGUCAGAAGGAUGUCAGCAAGAUCCUCAUGCAUCUACGAUUCCUCUCCGCGCGAGCAGCUAGCUUCGUAUUCUUUCAGUCCAUGAUCAGCAGCAGAUUCGACAGACACCCUAAUGAAUCUGCUAAGCGAGACCGCAAGGUAGCUACGGAAGAUAACUUCAUGCUGCACCUGCCAAAAGAGCGCGGUGUGACGCUGGACGAUAGCAAGGAGGAAGCCGGAGACACGCACUCUGGUACGAGCUCGCCUGUCCGACAGGACACGGCACAGUCAGCCAGCACAUUUGACACACUAGGCAACCAGAACGAUGCUCAAGGCAGACAACAGAGGCAUGUAAAUCCCAAGCUGCAUAUACCGAGCGGCGCUCGCAAAGGCUCUCCGCAUGAGCCGAAAGAGCAUAAGCUCAAGCAUCGUCCUGUUGGCUUAUUCGAAAGCGCGCAAUACCACCUGCUGGCAGAGCGAAUCAGCAAUUCAGACGAUGAACGCGCCGUAGUCGAAGUCGUAGCGCUCCUGCAUUCAUCGUCGGCCGAUCUGCUGCAUGCUACCGUAGACGCAAUGGACUCGCUGCUGGCGUUGCUCAGCCGGGGUAGCGGAUCAGGUCUUUCCGACAUCUUCCGGGAUUCUGAGCAAGUUUGGGGACCCGUCACCGAGCGAUCAGACGCUCUGGCACGGCUCGAUAGCGCGAUCGCUGACUAUCGAAACAAGAAGCGGCUGGAGAUCAUUAGGCCCUUUGCGCCACUAUUCGAUUCAACACUUGCUCGCGACGGGCGCGUACGGCAGCCUUCGCACCGCGCCCUGUUCUGGUCGAUGCAGUAUCAGUGGGCAUUGAUACAAUUCUCCGAUAAAGUCAGAGCGCUCGUGAGCGAGGUUGUCGAUAUCCAAAAGCGGAGCCCGAAAAAGCGACUGUGGGCCCCUCUUGAUUGGCCCUUUGCUGGUCUGUUCUCGUCGCAUGGCGAAACGGGCGAGAAUUAUGGCGAAUACGAUCCGGACGUAAUCGAGGGUCUUUCGGACUUUGGAUACACAUCUGCUCGUGAUCCAGAAGUGAUCUUAGGCGGACAUACGAUGAGAUUUGGUAAUUUGCUGCACCAGGCAGGCAACUUGAUAAAACGCUCGGAUGUCUUGUUCGCCAUCAAAUCUGCCAUUCUGAUCGCAUUGCUAUCGUUGCCUUGCUAUUUACGUUCCUCCGCUCAUUUCUUCUACACAGCGCGAGGUAUCUGGGCCGUUUUGAUGGUGGGCUUGGCGAGCGUCGAAUUCGUCGGACAGACGGUCUCAAACUUCUUCUAUCGAAUCAUCUGCACUGUCAUCGGCGCACUGUUCGGACUGGUAAUAUGGUAUAUUACUGCAGGAAAUGGCGACGGCAAUGCGUACGCUCUUGCCGCCGUUUGGGCUGUCCUGGUGCUGCCAAUCAUGAUGAUCCGUCUUUACUACCCUGCACUGAUCAACGGCGUCAUCGCCGUUGUCACCGCCAUUCUAGUCUUCGGCUACUCCUGGCAAGACACGCACUUCCCUUCAGCUGGACAAGAGACUGGCCACGGCUGGGAGACAGCUUGGAAGCGAUGCGUGCUCGUCAUCGUCGGUGUCACGGCAGCUUUCAUAGCGGCCUUUCUGCCGCCAAGCACGUCGGACAAGACAAGCUUGCGGAUCACGCAUGCGCGCAGUCUUCAAUCAACAGGCGUCCUGUUCUGCCAGAUCAUCAGCUUUGCGAACGUCAAGCAAGGACCGUCGAAUCCGGUGCCAAAGUCUAUUGCCAAGAACUGGCUUGCAUUGCGCACUCGCUUGCGCAUGACGGCCAUGCAUUUGCCCUUUGUUGGCUACGAGUACAAUUUGCGGGGUCGGUGGCCCAAGGAGCGCUACCAGAGAUUACUCACUCUUCAGCUAGAGAUGGUUGACAUACUGGCCCAGCUUGCAAGUGUCAUCGCCGAACUAGACUCGGACUGGACCCAAGCGCUGCUGAGCCGUACACGACUCGGUGAGCCCGAAUUUAUCGGCGAGCUGGAAGGCGCGCUCUAUAUGGCACAUGUAGCCCUCAGGCACGCCACGCCACUUCCUCGCUAUUGGACGCCUUUGGCAACUCGCCUGACCGAUCAUCGGUAUGGCGUCAAUCUGGUGCUUGAAGACGAAAUGGGCUCCAACGUGCCGCACACUGUCAACAUGGACGUUGCAAGCAGUGAAAACUAUCUGAAGUUCUGCACGGCGACGACACUGGCUUGGAACUUUAUCAAUCGCGUCGAUCGGAUCGUCUACACCGUCAAAGAGCUCGUUGGCGAAGAUUUCGCUCUGCAUCUCCGCGACGACGCCUCGUCAUCAAAAGAACAACUCUUGCAAUCGCAUUCACCAGAUGGCUUCCCUGAAACCCGAAUCUAA